UUUUCCCUCUUUUGUGUACCCUGUGGGAUCCUCUUGACAGGUCUUGAGGGCUUUGCUGACUGGUACUCAACUCCCAGCAGAGUUUUUGUGUCGCUGCUUGUGCAAGCUGGGCAGCACAGCCACAGGGAUGUUCUGUGCAGAGGGGGUUUAAAAGCUGUGCUGUGGGGAGCCCCCUCUCAGAAUAACCCCAGUGAGGUGCUCAGGAGGGCUCAGGCACCCUGAAAAUCUUAUUUCCCAGCCUCCAGUGCUCAGGGAAUAGCACUUGCCUGCUGUGUGAGGGGUGGAAAUAAAUCCACCCACCGUGGUGAUUUUACGGGACAGUUUUGAGCGGCGUCGGUGUUGGUGUUUUCUUGCUGACUCCCUUUUUACUGAGCAAGUUGUGUCAGCAACUUCUUCCAGCCCUGAGGAGCUUCACCAGCUUUCCUGCUGUGCCACUUCUUGGGGCAGAGGUGGCUUUGCUCCAGCCAAGGGACACCUGCAGAAUUUUAACCCAGACUUGUGUGAGCUGUAGAAGGGGAGACAGAAUUUCUCUCUUGAUUUUGGAGCAUUUCCUUCUGGCCCACCCAAAGACCGGGCGCUACAUCUGUAGUACUGGUUGCUGAAUGCCAUUCCCACCCUGGACAGGGAGUAUGGACUGCUCCAGCUGGAGCAGCACAGCAGCUCUGUGCCCUGGAAGCCAUCUGGGAUGGACAGCACGCAGUCACGUACUAAAUGACCUCUACAGCCGCCUUGGAGGGACAGCCAUUGGCUAUGGAAAUGAUGCCUGUCCUUGUGUAUAUUUGUAUAUCCAUGUGUGCAUGGAGCUGGGCAUGGCAGAGCUGUGUUAAGAUGCGCAGUGGCACUUUCCACCUAGGAAAUUUGGGUGCUACCUCCGAAAUUUCUCCAAAUAACUGGGCCUUCACGUAUUUUCAGUCACAUAGAUCUUGUACCUUAACUGCAAACGUGCAGCAGAAGUCCUGCCUGGGGAAACUCUUGCUGUCUCCACGUUUGUCUCGCUCCCCUGGAAUUACAUCCCACAUCCUGGAGUUUGGUGCUUUCCUUCUUAGCUGAAUCCAUCAUAUCAAUCUCCCAGAGCCCAGCUUCAAAGCUUUAAACAGCCAGCAACUGCUUCCAUACAGUUCUUAGAGAAAAAAGCCAGCCCUGGCCUUCCUCUUACAGCCUGUAAACUGCUCCACAUGCAGGUCUUUGCUCUUUCUUUUCACCGUGUGUGCCCUCAGCUUCUCUCACAAACUCUGUGUCCAAAAUGAAAAACCUCCAGCAGCUUCUCCCACAGAGAAGGUCCUGGAAGAAAGAUCCAGGGCUGGACUAUCCCUUUCUUUUGUAACCUGUGAACUGCCCUGAGGUGAUUCACUUUCCCUUCUUCAGCAUCCAGACCUGAAGCCCUCCACUCACUGCUCCCACUGAAGGUGUCAGGAUAUAAAAGAUGUUGGCUUUUACCUACUGUCACCAUUCAGAAUUGCUAGACAAUUAAAUGUUCUGUCACGCUGCCUCAAAAACCCAAAGGGUAGCUUUGAAGUCAAAAGUGUCUGGACCCUGCUGGCAAAACGUGCCAGGACAAGGAGAAAUUAUUUCUUUUGGAAGGCAAGCAGCUCUCCCCAGUGUUCCUGGUGCAGAUAAGAGGCUCCCCAGGGGCGGUAAAGGCCAGCACCUGCUUUCUGUGUGGGAGCAAUCCACUCCCAGGAGCCCUGCACCCAAAUCUGGAUGCUGCCUCCAGGGUUGAGUACAUCCACCAGGGACUGCUCUAACACAAAAGUUCUCUCCAAAGAGCUGCUGCUGCUUUGUACCUCCCAGGGCAGCAUCUCCUGCACCACCACCUGUGGGCUGAGGUGCUUUCCUUAGCAAAGGCUUCUUCAUCCUCUUUCGGGAGCUCACCUGGGAUUUGGAUACCAGCUCCAGAACUCUGUAUGUCCAGGAGUCUCUUUCAGAGAAACCUUUCCAGAACAGAAAGCUCUUAGUGGUUUGUACCUCCCCAGGGAGCCCUGUCGUGUCAUCCUUUUCUUUCAGCACCUGACACGGACAAGAAUAAAUGAUUGCUUUGUAGAAAUUGACAGCUAUUAGAUGAACUUGUGAAAAGAUGAGAUGGCAAAAUGCCAAUCUGCUCAGAAAUAUUUACUACACAAUAAAGCUGCUCGUGCAGUGCUCUGUAUAUUGCACCAAUAAUAUAAUAAUUAUCAAAUGGAGAUCGAUGUUAGCCGUGUCACUGACCGUGGGCAAGUCUCUCACUCAGCCUCCAGGAGUGUUCCCUCCCCAAGGAAAGGAUCUUUAUGCAUCUACAGGAGAUGUGCUGGGAAAACUGGGAGUGAUCUUUUGUGGGGUGAACAGGUUGAUUGUCCUUCAACUUCUAGAUGCUGUGUUGUCCUCAGCAGGACGUGUUUGAGGCAGAUGUUACCAGCUCUUCGGUUUCUCACUUCCCUAAGCAGGCUCUUCCACAUCCCUCUUGAUGCCCACCUCAGUCAGGAGCAUCCCCAUGAGGGGCCUCGUUUGAGAGAGUUUGGUCAAGCCGCUCUCAGCGUUCUUCAGCUCUGAACCCAGUGUUCUUAACCCCCUGCUUCUUAAUCUGUCACCGAAAAUUUGUAAAGAAGACAGAGAAGGGGUUCUUUAAAGCUGUCCAGCCCUUCCAAAUGGAGCAGCACCAGUGCCCCUACCCCUUACAGUGCAGUCACUUGUUCCUCACACCAGUCCCGUGGUCCUAGGAACAGGAGAGCUUCAUCUCUGUCCUUCCAGAGACAGUGAGACCCCCCCCUGGGGCUGUGUCUGUGUCUCCAGUGCCUGUGUUCCCGCUGCUCCCAGCUCUCACUCUUUGCUGACUGGUUUCCAGGUCUGCCUCAUAUCCAAGUCCUCACCCAUUAUGUGUGGCUGGGUCACUUCAGGGCAAAUGGAAUCUCACUAGAGAAGUGGGAAAUCGGGGGGAUGCAGCAAAAACUCUCCCACCUUUGCAGAAGUCACGAAGGGCAGCAUGGACUCUGCAUUGAAGUGAGAAAAGGCCUCCAGAAAAAAAAAAAAAAGGCAUUACCUACUUAAAUGUUUUUGCUUCAAUAGGCUGGAAAUGAUAGAGCUCAAGGUCCAUCCCAUCCCUCCAGUGCCCCACCAGCGCCGUUGUUCCGUGCUUGCUCUGCCGUGUAACCCUGCCCCUCACUUAAUCUGCUAAUUCAAAGCAUUUGCCCCAUUUUUCUGAUGUUGCAGCCUCCUCCCCUCACCUGCCUCACUGCUUUCUCCAAGCCACUUUGUACAGUUUUCCUUUCUCAAAGGAGCUCCUCUCUUUGCGCUUUUUGGCCUCACCUUCUGGAGUUCUGUGGUUUUUGCUGCGUGCCCAAGUGUGUUAACAAGGAGUAAAUAUUCCCUGUGAAGAAGAAGAAGAAGGGGAACGACUUGCUGCCAUGGACUGCCGACGAAAAGCAAAAAUUGAAAUGAAGCUGCCGGGGAAGUGUCAUCACUUUCGGUCACUUGUGUUCCCUUGGCGUUUCCCAUCUCCUCCUGAGCUGCCGGCGGUGCUUUGCCCUGCGGUUUGACUGCCCUCGUCCCUGGCUGGAUGUUUGCCCCGUGUCACAUCCUGCCCUGCCUUUGGCCACCAGCCGUGCUGCGCGACCGCCCCGGCUGUGCGGGGCCGCUCUGGCUCUCUGCAAAGGACAGGGGAGGCCGGGCCCUGCAGGGGGACGGGCACAGGUGUCCCCUGCUGCCCUGGCUGUCCCCGCGGUGCCGCUCGGCCCUGCCCCGGGGCACGGCCGGGCAGCGCCGCCGCAUCUCCCCUGCACCUGCCAUGUGACCGGCUCCAGGUCACAGGGUUUGGCCACACCUGUGCCACUCACAGCUGUCCUCAUCUGUCAGCAGGGAGCAGAGAGAGCAGAGCAGGAAGGGGAGGAAAGGAGGAGGAAGCGAGUGCAGGAAGGGGAGGAAAGGAGGAAGAGAGAGAGGGAGAGUUGAGGAGGCUGCGUUCGGCGCUGAGGAGCGGAGUGGCCCAAAAUCACCGCGCCAGAGGCUUCCGAUGUCCUCCUCGGCUUCCACCAGCGUUUUGCCCAGAGGCCUGGCCGUCCUGACCACCUUCCCAGAUGUGCUCUUCAUCCCUGAAAUCAUCUUUGGGGGCCUGGUGUGGAUCCUGGUGGCAUCCUCGAAGGUCCCGGACCCCAUGCUGCAGGGCUGGGUGAUGUUUGUCUCCGUGUUCUGCUUCGUCAUGUCCAUCUCCCUGCUGUGCCUCUACAUCUGCGGGGCCCACGGCGGCGGCGGCUGCUGGGUCACCUUGGAUGUCAUCUGCCAGGAGACAGCGGCGCUGUUCUACCUCAGCGCCGCCGUGCUGGAAGCCUACACGACCUACGGCCUCGGCGUGCUGUCCCCGGGCCAGAUAUACAGGGAGAACAUUGCCGCCGUGGUAUUUGCAUUCGUGGCCACCCUGCUUUACGUGAUCCACAAGGCGUUCUCGCUCCUGAGGUGGAAAUCGUCCUGAGAGCCUGAGCGACCCUAGGAACGACGGCUGCAGCCUCCAGGCUGGGUUUGGGGUUUGGUUUUCAAUGUAUAGCCUAUAAGCAAGCAGCUUUCUAUGUGGGGUCUGGGUGAUGAAGACAAGGAGCCUGCCGGAGGAAGGAAUAUUCUAGCACAAUCCGUUUCCCUUCAGUAUCUUCCAGGCUGGGUACAGUUUGAUAUUGGGGCCAAAAUAAUACAAAAAGCCAUCCAGUUUUAAAAAAAACAUAGUAUAGUUGGGUUUAAAGGGCUAAAAUAUCCCUGGAGUGCAGUUUUAUGUGUCCAGGGUUGUUAGUGGUACCAGGGGAACAGUGAACGAGCAGCACCAAGGAGCACAAGUGUGAAAUUGUGUCGUUUUAAUUGCUGUGUGCCCGUUUAGGUCUGUUCCCCGCCUCAAACUGCUGCACAAAUAAAUAUUUUCACGUAGCUUCUGCAAACGGUGCGCUGAGCAAUGGGGACAACAUUCAACUCUGCUCAGGUGCGAUGGGGACAACACCCAGCUCUGCUCAGGUGCAAUGUAGUUCACUGCAGCUCCUGAAGGGUGCUGCUGAACCCCGAGGCACGCCAGGAACUACCACUGCCUUUGAUGGCCCUACAAGGCACAAGCUGGAGGGGGCCCAGCAGCUGCAGGAGAGUUCUCUGGGUGAUCAGAAUCAACUGCUGCUUUUGGUGAAAGGCUGUUCUCUCGUGCAGUGCCACGGUGUCACUAAUAAAGAUGGCUUUGCUGUGAUUUUGAGAAGGGCUGAGUCCUCGCUGCUCUUCUUUCCCUCUGCUGCACCCAGGA